UGUUUACUUCCCCACAUGCAGACUGCUCCUCAACAUGUAGUUCAUGUGACUUAAAUUAUAUAUAAUCUGUGUUUUUUCACUGAUUUAUUUUCAUAUUUUCUGUAGCCGACACUUGAACUGAUGGCCGACAUCUUACAUCCGGGGAAUGAAGGAGAUCUACAGGCUCAAAUCGAAGAGGUCGAGGCUCUGUCUUCCAUCUACGGGGACGAAUGGUGCGUUAUAGACGAAGCAUCCAGAAUAUUUUGCAUCAAAAUAUCCGACGACUUGGAUGAGCCAAAACUGACAGCAUGUUUGCAGAUAAUUCUCCCCCCUGAUUACCCGAGCGCCGCCCCGCCCAUCUACCAGAUUAAUGCUGCGUGGUUGCGAGGCCCCGAGAGGACCAAAUUGGCAAACAGCCUGGAAGACCUCUAUGUGGAGCAUGUGGGGGAGAGCAUCCUCUAUCUGUGGGUGGAGAAAAUUAGAGAGUUCCUCGUGGAGAAAUCCCAGAGCUCAGACACAGUGGAUCACCAAGAGAAGGUGAAUAUGACAGCUGAGGAAGAAGUGGAUGAUGAUGACGAUGAUGACAUACCAGACUUCAGGACUCUCAGGCUUAACACAGAGAAUGCACAUCUGUUCAUGGAUCAUAAAAACGAUGAAGAGCUACCUCCCAUAAAACAUGGAAAUACCAUCACAGACCGACGCAGUACCUUCCAGCCUCACUUAGCACCUGUGGUGACUCCCAGACAGGUUAAAAUGGUCCUGGAGAAGCUGUGUGAGAACAAGAAGAUUGCGAGUGCCACUCAUAACAUUUAUGCAUACAGGAUUUACUGCGAGGACAAGCACAGCUUUCUGCAGGACUGUGAAGACGACGGCGAGACGGCCGCAGGGGGGAGAAUGCUCCAUUUACUGCAGAUCCUGGACGUGCGUAAUGUCAUGGUGGUCGUGUCUCGAUGGUACGGAGGUAUUUUGUUGGGUCCCGACCGCUUCAAACACAUCAACAACUGUGCAAGAAACAUCCUGGUGGAGGAAGGAUACACUGCCUCCACGUAACUCCUCAGUAGCUGUCCCAUUAAGGAUAUUGGUUCAUUUGAAGUGUCUGGUUGCCACAUGUUCUGAAGAUCAAACACACUCUCUUCGUUUUCACCAGCCUGAAGUUAGGUCCAGUCUGCUUUGAAGUCAUCUUUGUGUUCUGCAAAGUUAUUCCAUUGAUAACAUGAUUGACCUUUGAGCUGCUGUCACAUAUAGAUUAAAGGAACUGUACUGCGGACCUACUCUUACAAGUACUUCAAAACCCCAUCAAGUCACUGUAAAAAUCUGAACCUGAUUUCAUUCCCAUCCUGACAGCAAAGGCUGCGUUCCACUGUGGACAUCAAGCCUGGACUGUGUGACAACUAAUUAGAGGCCACUGCGUGUGGGUGGAGGGACGUAAAACCUCUGCAGAAUAGCUUGUUUCCAGCCCGUGAGAUGCUUUAAAAAUGACUAGUAACAGUUAAAAAUUGAUUCUAAAACACACUGCUUAGUUUCAGUCUGUGUUGCAGUACUCAAAAUCAGUCUUGUUCUCAAGACCGCUGUUUGAAGUUAUUGUCUCAAAUUGUAUGAAUUUGUGCUCCUGGUCUCAGGAAAAAAGACACAAGAGCUUGUUUACAUCUGGUAUUAACAUGCGUCUUGGUCACAAGUGGACAAAAUUAUAAUAAUAACAAGAAUAAUAAUAAUAAUAAUAAAUAAAUGUACGUAUGCCAAAAAAUAUUAUGAUUUAUAAAGCCGUGCGUACGUCUGCCAGUACACAGUUUUCCUUCAUAAAUCCCAAAUCAACUUGGAAUUGUUGGCACAUAGGUCAGCCUCAUAUCCCGCCCUCUACACACCCACAUUCAACCAUAAAUGAUCAAUGCAAAGCACAACAUAAAUAUUAAUGCAUAGACCUGAGCCAGCUGGUCAAUGGUUCUUUCUUUCUCAUUAAUUUUAUUUCUGAAUUUUUAACACUGGCAAUACACAAACAUGGACAUAAAAAUACAGGACAGAAAAAAAGAAAACAAUGACAAAAACAAAAAACAAAAAAUAGAUAAUAAUAAAAAUGAUAAGAAGUUAUAACAAACGAAAACGCACUGCCAGCCAGAGAAAAAAAACAGUACGAUUAUUCGCCAGUUCAAAAUGUGUCCACAAGAAGGUUCAGGCAGGGAAAUAGCAUCCAUGGGGUAAAGACCACGAGUGGUCAGGGAAGGUCCAGCGGAGACAUAGUGUCCUGGUAAACUGAAGCACAGCAUACAGUCCAAUGCAAUGAAGUAGUCCGAUGUGGUUUGUCAGCUUGACUCCUCGUCCUUUUGAUGUGUUCAAUAAAGAAGCAGAGUACAGCAGUG